AGGAAUGUUGGGUGAGACGGAGGGUGGAUUUUGCACUAUAUCACUCACACUAUAUUGAUAUUACAUUAACAGAUUUUUUAUUUCUUUGAAAGCUGCGCGCUUCAUCAAUUCUGUCUUGCAAAAAUGGUCUUUUAUUUUGAAAGUGAUGUGGUGCAACCACCUGUAACAUUAUUUAUGGGUAUUGACAAGUAUGAGAACGAAGAUCUCAUAAAAUGGGGUUGGCCUGAAGAUGUUUGGUUCCAUGUGGAUAAAUUCUCAUCAGCUCACGUCUAUUUGAGACUUCGAUAUGGGCAGACGAUCGACGACAUUCCCGGUUCAGUUUUAGAAGAUGCAGCACAAUUAGUUAAAGCGAACAGUAUCGAGGGUAACAAAAUGAAUGACAUCGAUGUCGUCUACACGAUGUGGGCCAAUCUAAAAAAAACACAGGGUAUGGAAGUCGGUCAAGUAGGAUUUCACAAGGAGAAGGAAGUGCGAAAAAUUCACGUCCCGAAACGCAUAAACACAAUAGUGAAUCGUUUGAACAAAACUAAGAGAGCAGCAGAUAUCAAUUUCAGGGCAGAACGAGAACAGAGGGACAGAAAGGAACGAGAGGACAAGAAACAGAUUUUGAGAGAGCAAAAGGAAAAGGAAAAGGCCGAAGAAAAACGACGUCAGGAAGAAGCAGAAAUGAGGAGUUACAAUUCAUUAUUUACCACCGCAAACAUGACAACAAACACGGAAAAUUCCGGUUAUGACUCUGACGAUUUUAUGUGAUGAAGCUUUUCCUUAAACUUUAAUACGAGUGAAUUACUUGCCUGGAUUCCAAAUAAAGGUUGCAGGAGAAUAACCGGCGAGAAGUGUAUUGUUAAUACCUGAACGGUUAUUGGAAAUUAUUUUCUGCACACAAAUACUCCGAUGAUUUUUCCCGAACUCUGUGGUAUUAUUGACGAUCUUGAAUUAUUAUAACGAUAUUGUCACGUAACUCAAACAAAUAAUUAUUAAGUACUUAAUUUAUUCUCUUCUCAGACUCUGAAAACUACUUUUCUUUUAUAAUAAUGCAUUUUCAGAAGCUAAAUUCUAGAAGUCCGAUUCACCUUAGACAGAAAAGAGAAAUUCAAGUGCGGUUUUAGCGAAGAAAAGUAUUUUGAGCAAUUAAAUUUAUUAAA